AUGGUGCUAUACCACAUCUGCAGUGCCCUUCCGAGCCCUAUGGACCCAAUAAAUUUCCCUAUCGCCAACGCAGCCGACCUUAAAAAUGCACUCUUCAAAAUGCGCACAUUGCCUUUGGGUGGUAUGGACAAAAGAAGACAGUCGGCAAAAUCCUAUUUAGUCGGAGACCGAGAUGACUUCAACGCGAGUAGAAUGCAGUCAAGUCUUGUUGUGUACACAAAAAAGUGCACUGCUGUAAUAUCGUUUUACAAGGGCAAGGAGGGGAUUCCUGGUCAAAUUAGGCCCAAGUACGGCCGAGACGAAAACUAA